CCACUGAUGCCUUCAUAUUGUUCGCAAAUUUCCUCCACAAACAGCCAACCUUCACGAACUAACAAACUAUAGUAUUCUUUACGCCCCAAACGUCCUCUAGUCUUUGCUGUCAAUCUCAACAGUUUUUACACAGGAGAAACUGCGGAAUUUUGCAAGGAGAAAAUGGGUAGAUUGGUUAUUUAAGCGUCACAUACGUCAAAGAUAGAAGCAAGGAAGUUCGUCUAGGCUACUUGUAUUCCUCGACUGUCCUCCUGCCUGUACGAAUUCUUGGUUGCAAGAGGUUACUUAGUCGUUCUUGAUAUUUUCAAUCUACGUCAUUACGACAAUUUACAUUGUUUGAUGCACAUUCAUACGUCGCAUGGUCUGUUUGGCAUUUUUAAUCAUUAUCGUUUUUUGAUCAACUACAUAAUUUCUACAUCUAGAGUCAGUAGUCGGUCGGAGCAGUCAUUCAGAUUCAUAUAUCCGGCAUUGGGAUUCGCAUAGCUCCUGCUGAGUGUGGGAAGUUAUAAUGCUCAUGAGUGAAGAAAGUCUGCCGCUGCCCGCCGUUGCUUUUGCCGACGGGUGCGCUUCUCUUUCAAAGCAGAGAGGACUGCCACGUCACUGAUUGCACAAUGUUGCAUCAAGGUGCUCCUGUAGGUGCGCCAUCGGUGUCCGACCGUCGUGCGCGACGAAGGGGGCGCGGUAGCGAACUUAAUGUUGAGGAUAACUGCACAUCUACCAUGAUCUGCCACAGUAGGUUGGAAACCGACUGGAUGGGAUUGAGACCGCGGCGCACUGCAGUGCGAGGUCACGACGGCGCUUCAGGAAGAAUGCGCAUAGUGGGAGGGCGGCGGCACAUGCCUUCAAGAACGAAAGCAAGGAGGCUUGUUAGGAUGCGCAAGGGCGCAUCCACCUCAUUGUCUAAGUCCAGCGAGGGUGCAAUUGGCUGCAAGUGUCGGAUGAUUUCAUCCGAGGCACGCGCAACUUUUGACGUUGCCUGUGCCCCGUCAAACUUUCCAAGCGGAACUUCGACGAGUCAACACGAUUACAGUUUCGGGACCGGAAGUACGACUACAGAUGCACUUUGCAAUGAACAAGAUUUCGACGACGAGUUGUAUGAUCAUGAGCUUGACGAUUCGUUCAGUGGUUUUUGUCAGCAUGGAUUCGAGGACCACAACGACUUCAGGCAAGAAGAAGACCAAGAUGGCAAUUUUCAUGAUGAUGGUGGCUCCCUGGAUGGAGAAUCGGGAGAUCAAGAACGUUGGCAAGGAUGUGAUGAACAAGUAGAAGCACACCAGACUGCGGCACAGCCCGCGCGAAAUAGUCGAGGUUUUAUUCUCGAGUCGUCAACAAGAACAAUGAGGAGGCUAAGAGGACCUGCCUCUGUGGUACAUCGAGGCAGAAUAAGAAAACGGAAGCGGAAAGGGUCUUCAUUGUCUGGUCAUGAUGGUGAAGCUUUUUCUCCACCUUCAUCUAGUGCUCACGAAGAUCGGACAAGAAUGUUGUACGGAGAGGGAUCUGGAACGUCGCGCGUUUCAUCGAGUAGCAGUCUCUGGGAGAGGAUUACACCCAAGAAGAGGUUUCUUCAACCGCUCAGAUCUUGCAUGGAUCCUGGUUCGGAUAGUUCUCUUCCUGUCAGGUCUUCAUGUCUCAAGCGAAAACGCCUUUACGUCUUCAAGAAGUCGCAAAAUACUCGGUCUUCGCUGACGGAUAUUCUCACGGUCACGACAUCGCUAUUUCUGCUCCUCAUUGGUUGCGGGUGUCCAUGGUUGCUGUUACCAGUGCACGCAGGCACAGUAGUGACUGAUUUUUUUCCAAAGCGUGGGAGUAUCGCCGGAGGCCUCGUGAUGCGGAUAACUGGAGACGGUUUUUUGGAUCCAACGCGUGCUAAUCUAUAUUCCUCGCAGACCGUAUAUCUUGGCCAGCAUGUGUGUCCAGUGAUACUACCAAUGUCAAAUACCACAGAAAUCUUGUGUCGCACACCGCAAGUACCAGGUCCCGCUGAGCUCACACUCGAAGUCUUCGUCAUUUCCGACGCAAGUGGAGGAGGUCUUAUUUGAUCGAAGUAAAAGUAACUGAAAGAACAAAUUAGAAUCAUAGUGCAGCCAAAAUGAGUCAUCGCCAACAUGAUAGAAGUUGGAUUGAAAAUCACGAUUGUGAAUCAGAGAUGGGCAUUUUAAUAGAUUCUGUUCAUACAACGGUUACGGGAUUUUUUUUGCAAAUUUCUUUUCGGUUCGAUACGAUGCUUUUGGAUUUGGAGUUUCCAUGUCUUUUGAGGUGCAUAUGCGCGCAUGAUCGACCGGUCCGGAGAGGCCCAGAAGUUUCGAUAUGAAUACGAGCAAACGCCAGUAGUGAAGUUUGUAUCGCAUUUCGGUCUUGCAGUCGGGGACUUUCUUAGUGUGGGAUCGAAGUCAAGCACCUACCGACCGCAGUGGCUGAUAGGCGAUACCUGGUCCCAAAUUGAGGUGAAAGUCGGAGGUCAUAUGUGCCUUGGAGAUGAGCUGCUAGUGGCGAAUCGAUACGAGUGGACAAGUGAUUAUCAGCUGCAAUCCAACAACCACUACCUGAAGAAGAACGGACUCACUUGUAGGCUUCAGGGGUGGUUGCAACCGGGUUAUGGUCGCUUCAGCACCCUGGUGCGCCACACGGGUCUGAACAACGUAGAAACGUGUUCGGACCUGCAGUGCACCUGCCACAGUCCAAACCAUUGCCCAAACGGGUACGGCAUGGCUCAGUUUCUCGGUUCGAAGUCGGACCAGCCGCAUCCUUACGGACUUUUUACCCUCGGUAUUGAGGAUGGGGAAAAUAGCAAUGCAGACAGCGGUCGCACGAGUAACACUAACAAUUACGUUGCUGGAGGACGAGGAGCCGCGGCAUCCUCCAACAACGCCAGGGAGGAGGGGACGCAGAGUCGAGCAGCGGCAGCACCACGACUGCCGCCGGUCUCCUAUGACAUCGCGAUGUACCCAGAAGUCUACGAAAUUCAGCCACGAUUUGCGAGUCCCACAGGAGGAGCAAUUCUCCAGAUUCGAGGAACUGGAUUUAACCCAGCUACGACAAAAAUUAACGUCGGCCCUAACAAUGAUAUUCCGUGUGACGUCAUUACUGACAAAAGCGCGAACAGUACCCACUUUUCGUGUAGAAUUCCCAAAAUUUUUUCCGCAACGUCUUAUGGCAGUACUAGCGGAGGAGCGAGUAUAAGUGGCAGCGCCAUUUCGUACAGCGACUAUGUGACGGCGAAGAGGGGCAUUCUGGACAGCGCAGGAGCCGACGGUGUCGCCAAUAUGCCCGAGGCACAGUUGGGCGGGUGCGCCGAGGUCCGCGUACCAGUCGGGUCGAGCGGGGGCGCCGUCUCGGUGGAUCGAACAUGGGACAUCAUGGAGCACGCGCUUUCAGGCGGGUUUCCACUGCGGAGUUGCCGCGCGGAUCCCGCUUCGACGCAGACAGGAUUGACGCCAAGUGUCGCGACUUCUCCAGCAGGCAUCCAGGUUGCUGUGAUCACCAGUCUUCCGCUGCUUACUGGUGGCAGCAACAACCUCGGCACGAAUCAUCAUCGCUACGUGUCGCCCGCCGAGCUUGUUUCGCCGGCAGGGACCAACUCCGGUCACAACCAGGGAGGCGCACAGGCAACCGUAAUGUGUUGCGACACAGACGGUGAAUUCUGCCACAGUGUGUAUCGAUCCGCAAAGCCAUUUGCGAAUCAGUACUACCGUUUACGGAGACAAGACUGCUACACCGCAGGAAGCGAAGCGAUGAGUCUUCACGAAGCAGCGAAAAUCUGUGCAGCGGACGGGCGACGCCUCUGCCAGGCUAGCGAAAUGGCCAAGGGAAUUUGCGAAGACAAACUGGAUUGUGACGGCGGCUACUUUGUGCGGCCGGAUGGCACGACGGUAAACCAGCAGAUGGGGAACCAUAAUGCGCGACACGUCUGGACCUCGACCUUGAAGAAGUGGCAGACAAUUCGUGUGUCCGCGUCGCAGGCGUGGACCGACGAGGAGGCAACCGUCUUGUGUACACAAGAUUGCCUUGACUCGCACACUGCCUCCGCGCCGCCGAAUAGUUCCAGAAGGGAAAGCACGCUUGGCGGCUAUCUCGGAGGACGUGGUACCAAGUGGCGCCUAUUUGGGGGCCUGCACCACAGUCACACAGAACAAUUUGGCAAGCGCGCCUCUUACCGAAAUGCCGACGGCAUGUUUCCACAUGUGCCGCAAGCCGAGGGGUUGCGCAAAGACGUUCUGCUUGGUGUAGGCCGCGUCCGAAUGAAACCGGUGGACAUCCCGGAAGAGACUGAAGGAAUGAUCUUCGUCAGUCAAAAUCCAGCGGAGCACGUAUCGCCGGAGCCGUUUGGCAUGCCGAAGGGAACGUGGUUGCGCACGCCAAUCCGAAGCCAAAUCGCCACGGAGCACUGGGGAUGGCAAGACCAAUGGCGCAACACCAACUUCGAUACCAGUGGAUACUACCAGUUCGAGGAGGUCCUAGAAACUUACUUUGUGCCGCCAAGCUACUUCUCACCGGACGCGGAAUAUCAGUUUUUCGUUGCCGCUGACCUGUCAGCCCAGGUUUUAGUGGACUUCACGGGUCGCGAGCCGGAUGUCACGCGUUGGACUGAGGUGGCAAGAGUGAUGCACUGGAGCGAUCGUUGGCGCCAGGAUGAUCCCUUCGCGUUUUACGUUUUCUGCACAGCAAGUGCAAGCGAAGCUUUCGUGCCGCCACCAGAGGAAAUCGACAACUCCACCACGCGCGGAGGAAAUCGUGGUGGCGCGUACUGCCCGCAUCCGGACGGGACCUGGCUGCCAUCAGGACGCCAGCGCAGCGAGCGUCACCGCUUUCAGCCCUUGGCAGGUGGAAACAGUAUGGGUGCAUACCCCAUGCGCAUCUACCACAAUGACGAGAGCCACAGGAGUCUCAACUGGUUACAAAUCGGUGUAGCGGUUUAUGACCCCUGGCGGAACGGAACUAGUAACGUUUUCUCGAUGCAUCAAGCACAAGGUGGUACAAAUGGCGAGACGAACAGGACCGAUCAUACGCUGGAUCGCGUUUUCAACGAGUCCGAGAAGGAUAUAUUUUUCCAGACGUCUGGCUUUUACGAGUUGCAGAAGAUGACGCUGCGAGUGCAGACCAAUCGAGAGAAGCACCUUCUGGUCGUUUCCAACAGCGAUCAGUACUUCAGGGUGCGCGUCAAAAUCUCUCACGAUCUGGGGACCACCGAAUACUUCACAGCCGAUCUCCAGGCUCGCCUAGACGACCAGACAGCCACGGCGCUGGAGACCGCUCUGCGUACGGCCUCGACCGCUGCGGCUCCGGGUGCAACCACAGGUGGUAGCCCUGUUCAGUACACUAACGGCUGCUUGCCGACUGUGCAGCAUUCGUCCCAACAUGCCGUGUCCGCAGGCUUUGCAGUCGCCUUUGAGAUCAAGUUUGACUGCAUCCUGGGAUCAGCCACGCACGGGCUUUAUGGUAAGACCACUCACGCCGAGUUCGCACUCGUACCUCCAGCAGACGCGAGCAAGGUAACAUUUGAGCGCGGGGUUGUCACAUUGAUGGAGGAGGAAUCGGCUCCAUUGUCUGGCAGCUUCAAGCUUUGCCGCGGGAGCGAGAAAACGGGCGCAAGAGUUGCGAAGGCGUGUACGACGUCGCUGGCGCACAACGCCAAGCGGUACGAAGUGCAGGAGGCGCUCUUGGCUAUUUUCCCGCGAAUCGAAGUGUUUAACCUCGGCAAUAAGGGUGACGGGAACUACGAAACCGCGCCUGUCGAAGGCUUCUCUUACGGUCUAAAGUUUAUCGAGCCCUACACCCACGACGACCCGGUUGAGCCGCGCAGGCUAUACGCCGAGUACUCUGGCCCCGACUUCACGGACCUUCGUGGUACAGGUGCAGAGAUUGCUUUUGCGCUUGUGCAGAAGGGAGGCAAUCGUGACGCCCUCUUUUAUGACUGGAUCCCUGCGGACUGGUUACGAGUACCACAUCCGGUCCCACAGGUGCAGAUGCGGUCGAAUCACGUUUUGGCCGCUUCCAAGUUCAUGCAGAGUGCCGAUUUCCAGUUUUCUGCAGCCUUUGCGGCAAAGAUUGAAUCGGUGAGCAUCGACGGAGGAGCGCCCGUUUCCGGAAGCUCGGCCGCGUCGGUGACCGCAGGACAGGAGCUCACGUUUGUUCUCUCCAACGUCUUGUUACCAGAGGCGUCCCUCGCAAUGCGCAAAACGAGUGCCGUGCCAGCCCUCAUCUCCGGUGACAUCGUUUUCACAAACGAUGGCCACCUGAUGUCACCUAGGGGUACUGACGACGUAGCGUCAGCCUACGUCAAUGGCACUCUCACUAUCGAUGAGGCGGUGCUCCCUCAGAUGAAGUCUUCUGGCAUGAGGAACCAACAGGGUCCGGUGAUCACGAACUCGCUCUUUGGGGAGCCGCUCUUCGCAAGGGUGAACGCUAGCGUCUAUGGUUUGCGAACGAGCGACUUUCACAUUGAAGUUGGCAACAGCGCUUGCGUGGUCAAAGAUUAUCGCUGUGUGGAUGGCUGCCCCGACGAGAACGAACAGAAUUUCCGAGCCUUCAUCCCAGCCGGGGAUCGCAAGUUCGAUGCCGCUGCGAGUGGUUCGAUGCCUUCGGCGAACGUUAGCGUCGUGCACCCGUUGAAGGACUACCACUUCAGUCAGCACUUUGAGGUAACCUGCGUACUGCAAGACGGGACUGUGGGACGGAACCUAGUGCCGGACAUUGCGGUCGGCGGACAGGGCUUCGCCCUCUCACCUAAUCUCACCCUGGAUGUCGUGUUGGAGCUUCACUCGGUAUACCCAAUUGUGGGGAGCGUAGCUGGCGGUACCGAAAUCGAAUUUACGGGUUACGGACUUCAGCAAGUAGGCUGCCGCCACAUUCAAAUCGGUCAAGGCAAUAUUACAUUGGAGGAGAGCGACAGGCCCACGCAGGACAACAGUACCAACUCGUCAGCCGCGGUUCCGACGUUCGUGCCGCACGGUGGUGCGAGCGGUCUGGCGAGGCACAUUCGUCCCAAAAGCCUGUACUGCAAGAUUCCCUUCAUUUCGAACGUGUGCACAACCACAAGUGGGAGCAGCGGGAGCCCGGCCACAUCACCGACCGCAAACCAGAGCAGCACAAACUCAACGCAAGCGCAUCACGGUAACAACUCGGCCGGCAAUGGUACCAGUGCUCCUGCUCCGUCGACAGGUAACUCAUCCUUCGGUGGUUCGGCAAAUGCGUCAACGGUGAACCCCAUAACUCCAAGUAACAGUAGCGGCAGCGCGAUGAUGUCAUCGGGCCAUUCUCAAGGCGGUCAGAGCAGCAUGCCCACGACGACUUCCACCGCAGUUCCUCCAAUGGACUGCGACCAGGUCGGCCUCCGGAUCCUCCGGGAAGAAAUGCAUGACUUCAAUUUUACCUUCGAUCCUCGACUGACACCGCGUAUCGAGACGUUAACCCCGAACAAACUCGCCAUCGGCUUUCCAGGUGUGCUCACGUUCCGCUUCACAGAUUCUCCCGAUUUCUUAGACCUUCCUGGGUUCCUUAAUUCCGACGGCGACACCGCGUUUGACUACUCGGAGCACAUUACUGUUGACCUUGUGGACUCGAUGGUUUCUCGGAAUGCUAGAACGAGCCGUAAUUGUUUGAUCAAGGAACUGUCACGCACACAGGUAGUGUGCCGACUGGCGCGAGACUUCGACACGCCGCGAUAUGUUGAGGAUCCAAAUCUGAGGGUUCAGUUCAACCACUAUCUGCUAGAUGAGGACCAGUACCGAGCACCGUCGGAUUUCCUCCUUCAGCCGAAGAUCUCGGUGAAACCCUUCGGUUACGCCCUCGUGGACGGUGCGGCAGAAGGACGUAAUAACUUGGACACGGCCAUGUACGUGACUAGCGUGGAUCGAUCUAACUGGCAUGGGCUUGGUGGAGGUACGCCAACUGUGGUCAGCGGCGCCGGGUUUCUCGGAGGCCUAGACGCUCCCACAAGCGGUAUGAGUACCAUUACAAAACUGGUCCCUGGAAUGGGGGUCGCGGAGAAAAGAAGAAUCAAUCCGCAUACGACUAUGGCCUUUGAUUUGACGAACUAUGCCGUUUUCUUGGACACGAACUUCACGUUUUUUCAUCGUGGAGAGAUGAACACGGAAAAUUCCAAGUCUGAAUGCAUCAUUGAGGAGAUCACAGACACCGAGAUUCGGUGCAACACCACUGCGGUACCCUACCGAGAACAGUUCGAGGCCAUGCGGGUCGGGCGUUACUCCGGAACCGCGCAGGUCUCUACCACUGUUUCGGUCGUUGUCAACCUCGUGAAGGCGGCACAGUUCUGCGCACAUGCGCAUGGAAGUAGCGGCCAGACGCCUUGCCUGCACGAUUCCUACUGGUCGUCAACGCCCACCGCAGUAGAAGUCUUUCCAAGUUCGGCUUUAUCGGGAGAGUCGCUGGGCGUGGUCCUCUCAGGCGAUCUGUUGCAGGGUCAAAACGUGGCCACACAGUACGCGCCCGCGCUGGCGUCGUUGCCGUCCGACAACACUUCGCGUCUGGACGCGCUAGACUACACGCCUCUGGUGCGCGCAGAACUUUUUCUCGGCGCCUACGACAACACGCGGUGUCUCCUCACAUCCGACAAUCGCGGCAUCCGCCGUCCAACCGCAUCGUGCCCACAGUGCGUCAGAGGCCACGGGGAGUGCGGCAUCGUGGGUGGUCUUGCAGCCUGCAUCUGUGACGGUGACUAUUACGGUGUGCGUUGCGAGAACGAAUGUAAAUGCUCCGCGUUGGGAACUGAGCACUGUGUGAGGGGCGCAAGUGGCGGAACCUGCGUGUGCAAACAAGGCUUUACCGGAACCGAGUGCAACCUCCCACUGUCGCCCAACUACGUGCUCGCUGAGGUGACGACAUUGCGCGCGCUGUCGUCGGGGGAAGAUGGGAGUGCAUUAACAGCGCGACCGAUCUCGCGAAAGCCAAAAUCGAAAGAACUGUUGCGACGAUUGAGCGCCUUCGGAUUCAAGAAGCCUCCUUCGCAUCUUGCGGACGAUGAUAGUCGAGAUGCUUGGGAUCGCGAAACGCAUGACGACGACGGUGAGAAACGCGUGACUGUAUCGACAAACACGGGGUCGAUGAGUCUAGCAAAUCGAAGUCCAUUCAGCAAGGGAGUAGUCGUUGCAUCAUCACGAAAACUUUCAGGCGCUCCGUCAAGCACCAGUGCUUCAUCGAGUGGGCCGCAGCUCGAAUUGAAGUGCGCUUCCUCCUUCAAAAGCACACGCCAGCCUUGUUCGGGACCCGGCGAUUGCGCCUCUUGCAGAAGGAAUUUUUAUCCGAAGGCGAAUCUCACCCAGACACUAGCAGCAAACGAGUCGGCAAGUCCGCACUUGCCACUACAGCUUCUGCCGUACGAGUCGGUUCCACGGAACGGGUCGCUUGACGUGCCAUCGGAUUCUCCCAUCGUUCUAACGUUUUCUCACGCUAUCAGACCGGUUUCGGGAUUCGUAAAACUCAUGAAGGAGACAAACUAUUCCGAGUUGUGGGAUCCUCAAUAUGUGGACUUUGUCAAUCCGACGCUGGUUGUGAACGGUACCUUCCCACGUGAUUUGCCGCAUGAAGUCGCUCGGAUUCCCUUGGACGAUGCGUCCUUUUCGCCAGGCGGUCUCACCUCAAGCGGCUACCGCAAUGCUGCUGGCCGUUCCAUCAGUUUGUCAACUAAAGGGUUGACUUUGGAAGAAGACGCGACUUACUUUCUCGAUUUCUCUGAGGCAGUGAUCCAAGACGCUCAAAACCCAGCGCGAGUGUUUUCUGGGCGCGUUCCAGACGAGUUGGCGUCUGCUGGCUACGGAACUGCGAACGAAACGCUCUUCCGCUUUUACACGCAGAGAAGCAUUCCCACGCAUCACUCAGCGAGCUCGACAGCAGGAGCCUCCACUACUGCAUCAGAGGCACCUCCGCGUCUCAUGUUCUUUGACUACAAGAUUUUUGAGGGCGCGGCCCCACUCGGCUCGUCUGGCGGUGGGCAGCACAUGAUACCAGCAAAGAACUACACUACCGCGCUAGUAUUUCUUCACUUCGAUUCCGCGAUGGAAGCAACCCCCGAGGCUGGUGAGCAGCCCAUGGAGAUUCACAUACGCGACUGUGGGGGUGUCGAGUGUCAAUUCAGCGAUUCGAGACUUCACCCGCUCAACACCACAGAAGUGCUGAACGGCCCCGCAACUGCGUGCGCUGACGUAGGGCUCGUUUUCUCGAAUUUGACGACGCAUGGCGAGUUUCCGAACUGUGCUUUCUACGCUGUGCAAGCGGCUGACGUUUUGUCGACUGCGAGCCCAGUAAACAGGCCAGCGCUUGCUUCCGAGUUCUUGGCAAACAGCUCAUUGAACGGAAUUGUCGUCGCGCGAGUACCCGUGCCGAUGCCUCCUGCCACAGCUCCGAAUCAGAAGCACCACUUGGAAGUGGUCCUUCGCAAAAACUUUGUCACUCGAAAGCUAGGCGGUACAAAUUCCACUCACACCGCUGAGCAAGGUUCUAGUACUUCCUCGCAGGCUACUCGCCAGGAGUUGUAUCUUCGGCUACCCAUGGCCAUUUACCCAGCUCGAAUGAAUCACGACAAAAACAAUGUGGAACCGAUGGUGACUACAGUGAUGUGCUCUCGCACCUGCGCGCAGACUAACGAGUGUUGCGAUUUAGCUCUUUCGGGGAAAGAGGGUGACAGCAGUUACCCGGGUGAGUGUGCGACGCGACAAGGAGCAACAGCUUGCCCUGUCAAUCGGUACGGAGCGAACUGCGACCAAGCCUGCGAUUGUUCUAGCGCGGGCACUGCGUUCUGCAACGACGGAAAGUUCCAUCCCAUGAAAGAGCAUGCAGACGGCACUUGCGUGUGUAAGACGGGUUUCACAGGUGCUAAGUGCGACCAGUGUGCUCCUGGCUACAUCAACUAUCCGCACUGCAACUUUGUGUGCGCUGGAAAGACUCCAUGUCAUCCGCAGAACACGUUCAGCUGUUCCAGCGCACCCGGAAUGUGCCAAUGCAAGACCGGAUUUCGAGGCGCUCUCUGCGAUCAGUGCGACGUGGGAUUCUAUGGCGUCUCAUGUGGGGUGGCGUGCAAUGCGACAGUAGAUUGCAGUGGCCACGGCGCUUGCGGCGCUUCGGCACGUCUCGUGAAUGGCGUAAUGCAAGACUUACUCACAUGCCGUUGCGACUUGGGAUGGAAAGGCCCGAGCUGCGCACAGUGUGACUCUGUACAUUUGUGCAACGCUCGUGGCCACUGUGGCCAGAUGCUGACUCGCGUCGUAGAGCGGGACGUGACGCGCAAUGUAACGCGCCGCGUCGCCGUCAAUGCUACCUCGCCCAGUAUGUCAGGUAACACAAAUAGCAGUAACAACAUUGCGCUGAUGUCCUCGAAGACCUCAUCCUCAACCGUGAACUCUUCUACGAACGGCAGUAACUCUCCAUCUUCAACAAGUGCAAGUCCACAACAGACGACGCAGUUUCGGGAUGAGGUCGUUGAAGUCACGCGGAUCGAAAAUGUGACGGAGACGCGCGGACCGCAGUGCGCCUGCGAAAGCUUUUUUCACGGUGUCAGUUGCGAACACGAUGCGCAGUGCCAUCCGGGUGGCACCGACCGACUGGACGCGUGGACAGGAGAGUGCGUUUGUAAGCCCGACUGGUGGGGGUCACGGUGUGAGAACGCUUGCACCUGCUUUUCAGACCGCGUCCAAAUGCAUAACGGCAUGCCAUUUAGCCCUCUGCGUGUGCGCUCGGGUCAAUGCAACGACGGCAACACAGGGGACGGAACCUGCACGUGCUUCGCCGGCUUCAAUGGGACCAACUGCGAGACGUGCGCCGACUUUCACGUGCCUAGUGGCGACUGUGGGCAGCGCUGCGCACAGAACUGUGAUGCUAGUGGCACGCAACGCUGCGGUGGCGUAAACGCAGCGACGUGCGAAUGUUGGCCAUGGCGAAGUGGAGCACGGUGCGAAGAGUGUCGCCCCGACUACUAUCCAGCUCCUCCGGGAUCCUGCUCCAAGUACUGCAAGGCGGAAACAACCUGCAAUGGACGCGGUAGCUGCGACACGAAUGGAGACUGCGUGUGCGGCGCUGGCUUCACGGGCCCGAACUGCGACAUGUGCGCGAUUGGAUGGUUUCCGAGACAGCCUGAGCUGCUCUCUGGCCCGGUGCUGGAUACCACAGGCUCGCAUCCCAUGCACGGGGCUUCCGCAGUGUCUGUCAAGGACAACCUCAUUCUAAAGUUCAACGAGCCUAUUCGUUUUGCGAAUCUAGGCGCCUUGGAGCUCUGGGACGUGGCGAAGACAUCCCGUCCAGAGUUCUCCUUUGAUCUCGCGACGCUGAAGGACCAGCCAUUUCAUCGCCUCCUUAGCGGCAACUAUUUCUACCUGACGCCAACGUCCGUGGCGAUCGUUGGGACUAAUCGGAGCGACAAUACUGCUGCUGAGGCAACAGGCAACAGCAGCUCUUCGUCAGCGCCCUCAAUGCAUCCGGACACAAACAGGGAGCUACAGUUCCAGCCAGGAAAGAGUUACUUCUUGCGCAGCGCGGGACGGAAGAUGGGGCUUUUGCAGGAUCUUCAAGGAAACAAGAUUGGCAUUCUCGAUACGCACCAGACCUACCAAUUCUCGACAACUUCGUCCGCAAGCAAUGUGGCCGUUUAUCCGGUUUUCCAUGUUGCGGAGCCACUGGAGUUUCUUUCUGCGGACGGGCAAUUCUACCACGUCCUGCUGUCGGUUUACUUCAACGAGCACAUCGCACAGAAAUCAGGCACUACUUCAACGGCCAUGCUCGAGGCGCACGACUGUGGAUGGGAUCUUGACUGUAGCGCAGCAUGCGACAACAUGCCACUUGACGGUGGAGCAGGCUCCACUGCGUUCGAAGCAGUAAUGUUCAACACGGGCUACUCUCCGCAGGCUCUGCAAGUGGCUGGGGCAUCCAUGGCAGGCGUUCUUGGCUCCAACGGGGGAAAUGCUGCUUACACCGAGAGCAUCCCAGGUUUGCUUGCUGUGCAACUGCGGAUACCGGCAACUGGUGCGGAUCCACUGCGGCGCAAGAUCUUGCUACGCAUUCCGCCCAACCUGGUCACUGACAACGGCGGUAGCAAUGCAAAUGCACAAACGAGCGAAUUCGAGUUCACGUUGUCUGGUGCAAUCGAUUCUCAGCAAGCCAACCCGCACGGCCUCUCGCCUUGCCACUGGUCGCCACCGCCCAACUCGACCAUCAGCUCCUUUCAGCCGGACAAGGAGGGUAUUUUUUGGGCCUUACCGAACACGACAGCGACUAUGAAUUUUGCCGUGCAGGUUAUGAAUAUGCAAGACGACCGGGUGCUGGCGACGAUGGGAGAUCCUGGUGCUGUAUUAGCGAUUUCUCCGCUGGGACAGAACGCCCCUUUGGCAGGCGGCCACCGGGACAUGCACGAGGUCCACAUGCAAUUACCGCCGAACAAUGCAGAUUUGGUAAACCAAGAAGGCCGCGGCAUCUACUUUCGUGCAGUUCGUAGCUCGAAUCUGAAUGACGUGCUCUUCAACACGAAGACCUAUUACUCGCUAACGUUGGCCAACAGCAGCAUGAGCGAGCUCGUCGCUCUCGACACCGCAUCCGGUGAGACAUUCAAUGCGCAAAAUAGCAGUUUCCUCACUUUCUAUCUCGAGUUUUCGCGCCCUUUAGCGACAGUGAACGCGCCAUUGGCUAUGAGCAGUGUGAAUCUGACGGAUUGUGGCGUGGACUUGGAUUGCUCGCACACAUGCGACAAUGCGGAAAUGCGAAUCGAGACUGUCUCCAUCUCUCCCUCGGGACACCUGGUGGUGUCUGCCAGUGGAUACAUGCCGGAACCACACAACGUGCCCAUGGGGGUUGUCACACAGACGCACGCACGACGCUUCGAGCUAGUGUUUGAUGAACCAGGAAUAGUUGCGGACAUUCACGGCACGCCGACCGCUGCGACGCCUCCGCUCCAGAGCAUCGAAGUGCUGCUAGGACGAAAUCACUUUGAUCGAAGCGGACCUUUCCGCGACAGCCCGAAAAUCAGCGUCUGCGAAAGUUUUCCAUCGCAAGGGAAAUAUCAGUCCCAUUCGAUCCGCACGACUCAUAGUGGACCAACGCCGCCGCGCAUAACCUCCAGAGGCACGAUAGCUCAGACGGGCAUGAUCGUUGUCACGUUCGAUCGUGAUAUCGAGCGCAUACCAGGAGCAUUGGGUAUGGUGCGCGUCGUUGGCCGUCGUUUGAACGGACAUCGUCAGCUCUUGGAAAGCAUGUAUGCGAAUAAUGCUGUUCCAACCGGCGAUGAAAUGUUCGAAGAAGUUUUUGAUGAAAAUGGCGCACUGGAACGCUCUUUGAGCAUGCAUGCAAGUAACUCGACCCACAAUGGCAGCAACGCUUCGAGCCAAAACGGCAGCAACGUGUCGUCUUCCGGUAAUGGAUCUUCCGGCAUUGCUAACGGGGGGAACACAUCCAACACCAGUCAGCCGAUGGCAAAGAGCAGCGCGAAGAACGCGUCCAGUGGUACUCUUCAGAACACUUCUACAAAAGGUUCAGGUGCGACCGCUUCUCCAAUGAACUCGUCACAAAAUGGAAGCAACCAAUCGGCAGGUCCUCAAUAUGGGGCUUCCGGUGCCGCUGCGCCGACGGCAGAUAUAGACCUUACCCACUUAGGCAUUCCAGCGGACAAGAUUGUUCUCGCUGGGCGGCACAUGAUUAUCGCGCCUAGUCUCGGCAACUGCUCUGCGUCCGAAGGUACAGGACAGUCAAUGAUGGACGGUCCUGCGCCUAUUUCGACAGAUUGCAUUCUGCGCAAUCGGUUUGCUUCGGGUCAUGACUUCUUUGUGGAAAUUCCGGCAGGCUUAUUUCGUCCUCGAGGACACGCCGCUUCGGGCAGCAACAUGCAAUUUGACACUGACGAGUACUUCAGCGCUCGCGUCAACGCGACGCCGUCCCUCGGUAAUGCGGCUGCAAUCGUCGGUCAUCACGUGAGCUUUGAUGAGCAUUCGAAUCGAACCGAGGUGCAACUAAUUCUGUCCGAAGAGAUCGCUGAAAUUGUUCCUCGCGGCGCUGCACCGGAGGACUUUGUGAAUGUCACUGACUGCGGCAUUGACCUAGAUUGCUCCCUAGCGGCUGACCAUCCCAGCGAUAUGCCGCAAGUGUGGUUGUUGGCCAAUUCGACUGCCUUCGAGAAAAAAACGAUAGUGUUCCAGUUUGCUGGCGAUUUGCGCCAGCGGGUGUUUGAGAUCCGUGUGCAGCGUGAUUCCCUUGUUGCUUUACGCAGACACUCAUCUGGAAGCUCCAUCACUGGUCCAGCCGAUGCAGAUUACGUGUUCGAGACCCCAAGAUCGAUGUUGGUGGAUCCACGUGCGAUGACGACGACAUUGGCGAAGUGCUCCUUCCAGUGUGAUUGCGUAAACGGCGACUGCGACGCGAACACGGGUCAAUGUGUGUGUCCUGCGAAAGCUCCGAACGAGUUGAACGGCUUCUAUGGAGCAGCGUGCCAAUACUUCAGCGACUGCCAUCCAGACAACACAGUGUCCGCGGAAGGAGUCGGCACGAUUGAGGGGACGGGCACUUGCACGUGCAAGCCCGGCUUCUUCCGACGUGAUUGCUCGGGACAAUGUGCAUGCCACGCUGCAGGCACGAUUGCCGGCGGGCAGUGUGAUCCCUUCACCGGUGCAUGCACUUGUAAGCCUGGAUGGGCUGGUGCCCGCUGUGACCAGUGUGCGGCGGGCUUCGUUCCGCACGGCAUCUGUUCUCUCAACUGUGCACCAAAAAUGUGCGACGCGCGUGGCACGAUGGCCUGCUCCAGCGCGAGCUGCCUCUGCCGGCCUGGAUUUUUCGGAGAGUUGUGCGAUCAGGCUUGCGACUGCCACCAACGUGGUUCGCGCGGCUGCAACCAGCAGACCGGCACGUGCGACUGCGUCGAUGGCUGGGGUGGCGCAAAGUGCGACCAGUGCGCAACAAACUUCUACCCAGAGGGGCAGUGCUACACGUUCUGUGACGCGGCGACCACCUGUAACGGCCAUGGCAGUUGCAAGAGUGACGGCAACUGCGAGUGCGACGCCAGCUGGGCGGGAAGCUACGACUGCAAUACCUGCGGCAAGGACUACUAUGGCCCUCAGUGCGGUGCAUACUGCGAAGCAACGACCAAUUGCACAGCCCCGUCGCACGGUUUUUGCAACCCGGCAGAUGGCAGUUGUAGUUGCUACGAGGGUUGGCUGGGAUCUGACUGUGGGAGUAUGGAUGUUUCAAUUUUGGAUGCCGAGGUGUGCGAAUUUCCCGCGGGCAUGCAAAACUCGUAUUUGAAGAUAGAAGCCGACUACACAAACCUCACGGGACACAACGUGACCCUGCCACCCAACGCGUCCGCCGUGGGCAACCUGAAGCAUCCUCUGACGUACGCGUUGAACAUGACGGGUACACGAAGCACACCGAAUUUGCGCUUCUCCCAAGCCUUCGACAUGGCUGCUAUCGACGUCUCUCGGGGAUCCGUGGCCGGCGGCACACAGGUUGCUAUCACCGGUCGUGGCUUCGGUUUCACGACAGGCUAUCACUCGGUGUUUGUGGUGUACAACACGAGUCUAGACGCCGCGGACCCGACCGCCACCACUUGUGUUCGUCCCGACGUGCUCACGAUCGGCGAAUGCGCGAUGAAAAAAACACGGCACGGCGAAUUUCGCUGCAUCAUGCCAAAUGCGGACGAGCCUGUGCACCGUCCACGCGCUUUCGAUUCGUGGCGUAAUGUGCCGAGCUUGCAAUUUUUAGACCAGGAUUUUUCUCGUUGCACAGCCUAACUUUUUUGCAAAAUUUGGCUAGCGUAAGGAGGCCCAGACCUCUCCGGACCGAAGUCGCCACUCCACUGGCUUUGCAGUGGACCCGCGGAGCGGUGCUCCCCUCCCUGGGCUGGCGAAGCAUGGACGCGGGAGGCGUCUCCAGAGGAGCCGCCGCCCUUAGGGCGCUCUGAUCGGAGACGCUUGGGAGCGGUGUCAAAAAGAGGCCGAAAAAGGGCCCACUUUGACACCCCAAACGAGGUGGGUCAUUUGGCGACACUUUUGGCCCCAAAAGUGUCGCCUUAAGGCACCCCCUUGGCCCCACACCACUAGGUGGGACCGUUUCGGUCCUCAUAAAACGUGUCGACGUAUUAUUUCGAAAAAUUGGGUGCAAAAUGCACACCAUUUUUGUCGCCACUUUUUUGACCAAAAAGCCCCCGUCUCCAGAACGCCUUGCCUGGGUCAGACCUUGCGCCAGGUGCUGCCUCCAUGCGCGGCGGGCCGGAUGGCCUUGGCGUCUGCCGCUCUGCGGAUGUCGACGGCUCCGAAGGCCCAGCCACGGCCAUGCGGUGUCCGGGGUGUAUGGGAGUGCGCGAGGCCUUCGCAAUGGCUGCAUUUAGAAAAAAGAACUAAGGUUGUUAAACGAGAAAAAUCCUGGUCUAAAAUUUGCUAUCCGCCCUACGAACAUUGUGGCAGCGAGUGUCUCCACCGAAGGUGUUUGCCUGGCCGGUUCGCAUGCGCCGAGGCCUAACGAGCGCUUACCCCUGGAACUGACAAGAGAGCAAUGCCAUGCCGAGUGUGUGGAUCGCUUUUGGAAGGGGUGUCGUAGUUACAGCAGCGGCGUUGACCUGAAAGCGGGACAGUGUGUGCUGUCCUACGAUCUCUGCACGCGUGUGGGGCGUUUCAAUUCCCGCGAUGAGGCUAACACCUUCAACUACCUUUCCAUGGUGCCGUAUCGUUUAGAUGACCCGGAUUCGAUUGGUUAUGGCGACGUCGAACACGAAAUUCCUUCCUAUUUGUCCGAUCCAGCGCGUGUGAAUUUCACCUACGACGCCUCGCCGUACAUGGUACGCGUGUCGCCAGAGGCUGGAUUUGCCGGCGAUGCACUUGAUGUCUUCGUAGAUCGGCCGGUUUUCGCAGGUACUAGUGGACAGAACUGGACCUUGCCAGUGCGGGGAGACCAUAGCAUGCCUCCUGCGCAUCCAGUCGUCGUUUUGGGUCGCGGGACAGAUUGGGACACUGCGAUCACGUGCAACGUGCAGUCGUACAAUAGUUCCCACGUCGGGGCCGGGGGAAGUCACGAAAUGCACGUGCGGUGCGUGCUCCCACCAGCAGUGCCGGCAGGAAUCUACGAAGUGAAAGUGUACCAGCCAAACAUCGGUUACACAUUAGGACGAACUGCGAACGGAAUUCCCGUGCAGUUCCAGAGUCUCUUCGAAGUGUCAGCGGUGAGCUCUCUCUUUGGCCGCUUGUCGGCAGGACCGAUGGAAGUGCCGCCUUUGCCUCAUGCAAGCGGCAGUGUGACGAUGCCAAGCAACAAUAAUGCUAGUACAAUGAACAUUUCUGGGGCCGCUUCGCACACUCGUGCCAAUUCCCAAGGCCAUGAGGUUUCGCUCGCUUGCAGCGAUCCGGCGGGUGGAUGCUAUCCGCUCCAGGGUGGCCUGGGGGGUGGCGUGGACCUUUACCUGCACGGGCGAGGAUUCGGUCUGCACCCGGAUCAAAUGUCCGUUUCGAUUUGCGGUCGCAAGGCCGAAGUCCGCAGCUCGCAGUACAACCAGAUGGUCGUGCGCACACCACGGCUCCAGAACUUGGCGAUUCUCAACGAGUUGUACUUCAACAAGAGCGACAUGUCGAAUCUGGAUCGCGCCUACUUUUACGAAGACCUUCGCACUGCGGAGGGAUUACCAGAGCCGGCGCGAAUUUUUGGGGCACACUCUGGUUCGGUCACUGGCAAUUCGUUCUGGCAGUUUAUGCAGCUGUUUGACAACGACUUGGUCGACUUCCCGUCACUUCCCGGAAGUGACUGCUCUGUGGGCUUUGCGCUACCGGAGGGCUAUCUGGCUCUGGUGAAACAAGUGAAGUUCUACCCGCCAUACAGCCAAGACGAUCGCGCCACGCUUCGGAACACCCGCUUCCAGAUUGCGAAUGACACGUCUGGCAGUGGCUACACGACGAUGUACACCAUUCCGGGUAGCGGGUAUGUAAACGGGGGCUGGAACACGAUUGAUUUCGAUGCCAAUGACGGUAGCCCGUUCAUCGGGCGUGUCUUCAGAUACUUGGGUCAGAGCAACCAAGGUUGUCGUCUGCGAGAGCUGAAGUUCACAGGGUACAUAAUUCCAGCUGCAGCCUACGCUAGCGGCCUAAAUUGUCCUGUCGUAGUAAAGAAAGUCGAGCAUCCCGACGCGCACUUCGCCGGUCUCUCGUCUGAUGCGAAAGCGCCGGGAAAGAAACAUGUCGGCGCGGAGAACUUUGAACAGAUUUCGACUGUAGCACCGAGCCCGAUGCCGAGCAAAGUUCAUGCGAUUCGCACAGCACAGCCUGAUAUGGCAGGUUUCGCGUUGAUUCCGAACACGCUGGAGCCUGCUUAUCCCCGCGAUUACGCACGUUUUGCUUUGCACGUGAAGAACGCUACGGAACCGUUCUCCCUGGAGGUUUUGGCGACGCGAAAGGAUGGCUCAAGCUUCGUGCACGGCGUGCUCACGCCGGCAAUGAGUGGCGUCAGUGGUGGCAAUGCGAGCAGCACUGGAAGUAUGGCACGCCGCGAUAUUCCUCGAGUGGAACUCGCGGGCACGACGGGAACGCCGGUGCUCACGGCGCUCACUCCAACGCCAUUGACGGUGGACUCGCCCGGGGUCUACUACUUGGACCUUGCUUCCUACGUCCACAGCAGCAGUUCUGGGAUUGUCGCGUCGGCCGUGGUCCACGAGGUCCGUGUCGCGCCAGGCUCGGGCUCGAGCGUGGUGCUGCUGCAGCCCUCUGCCGUGAUUGAGAAGUACAACUCUUCGGCGCAUGAGCCGCUGCACUACCGAGCUGAAUACGGACUGACGCCCUUCAUUGAGGACGUCGACCCACGAAACGGGACCGCGCGUGGCAACACGCUCGUGUCCGUGAUGGGCAGGAACCUGGCGGAUACUCUCUACCAAGGUUCGGAAAUUCGGGACAACGACCUCUUGAGUGGCAUGGAGGACGCGAACGCCCUGCUACCAGCCGACUUGGACCAAGUAUUUGACCUUGUGUCCGCAGAGCGGUCGACUGCCGCGAUGCGAGCCGAACGAGCGCAAAAUAUAACAGGGACCAAUGGUUCCGCACAUCUUUUCGCCAGCCGUUUUGCAGAAGUGGUCUUCAAUGGUUACUCCUGUCGCGAGGCCACGCAUUGGCGCAACCGAACGCAAGACGGUUUCCAGUGUCGGACCUCGCCACGAACUGACGGGAUCAAGCCGAGCGACUUUUCGGUACGCAUCCCAGGCAAGGGGUUUGCCUUCCGCAGCGACCGGUUACGCAUCUUCUACCGCUACCUGGACAAAUGGUCGGACCCAGCUAACUGGCUGAACGAGGAGAAGCCAAGAAAGGGCGACUCUGCCUGGGUACCGGAGGGCCAGGCCAUCAUGGUGGACGAGAGUGUUCCGGAAUUAGGGUUGACUUACGUCGCUGGUGUGAUGGUGUUUGACAACACGAGACCGCGGCUGACGUACGACUCCACGUGGUUCUGGGUGCACGGAGGAACGCUCGAGAUUGGUACUGACCUGAUUCCGUACAACAAUGACGUUGUGAUCACGCUGCACGGCGACAAGUAUAAGACGGUCGAACUGCCCUACAUUGGCCAGAAGAUGCUCGUCGUCACUAACCAGGGCAAUAUUGGAGGCGAUACUUCGGUAGCGCGUGCUGUCGGCAAGCUGGACAUCCACGGUCGACGAACGCAAAACUGCGUCCGUCUAGGCUUCCCAGCAAACCCGGGAGAAGAUUUUGUCAUCGUGGACAAACUCCCGGACACUUGGCGGCCGGGCUACGAUCUCGUCUUUGCGAAUCCAGUGGAGGAGGCGACUUUGCGCAGCGCCAACACGACUACCUUCGAUCGCGCAAACAACCUUCUCAUGAUAGAUGGUAGCCCAGUUGUCGUCUCCGGCGACACGGUGCGAAAAGCAGAAGUUGACGUGCUUGCGAGCCUGCUAGGUGAAGAAUCUGCUACCCAAGCGGAGCAGAUGUCUUCAAUUGGCGCUGGUCCAUCAACCAGACAUCCGCCACAGAUAGAAGAGGUAGCCGUGCUUUUUCUUGAACGACCGCUGCAGCAAUUUCACGAGGCCACUGAGUACCGCUACUUCAAUGACGAGCGGAACACCAUUCCUGAUCUUCGACCACACAUCUGUACGCUUACGCGCAACAUUGUUAUCCAGGGAUCCGAGGACUCGCACUUGGCGGACUGGGGCGUCCACACCGGUGCCUUCUACGGCGGUGAGUACCGCCUCAAAGACGUGGAAGUGCGAAACUGCGGGCAGGGAGGGCAGAUGGGACGCUACUGCACUCACUUCCAUAAGAUGUCUCCUGGGCGUAACGUUGAUGUGUACAAGUCAUACGUGCACAACAGCGCAAUUCACCACAGUUUCAUGCGUGGCGUGGUGGCGCACGGCACCUGGUUCACCGUUGCGGAGGGCAAUGUCGGCUAUUUGAUCAAAGCACAUAACAUGCAAAUCGAGAACGGCGACGAGCGGGAGACCAAGUGGAAGGACAACGUCUUCAUCAAAGCAGUUCCGAUGGUCCUCGGUCUGGCCGAUGACACGACACCCGCGACGUACUGGGCCGUCCACGGCAGCGUCAUCUGGGAGAACAACAUUGGGUAUGCGAGCGCCUUCGGCUAUCGCUUCAAUCCCAAAGGAGAAAACGCGCACUUCAGCAUCCAGUUCAACCAGAUGCUCAACAACACGGCCGUUGGUUGCGGAGCCGCCAUUCAAUUUUUUCCGGCAUGGACUCCGGUGCCCGACCUCUACGUUAACAAGUUCACUUCUCUGCAGUGCAGCCAAGCCCUUUUUGUCAAGCUGUGCAACAACUGCCACUUCUGGGAUUUCAACGUGAUUGAGACGCCCACUGGCUAUGGAACACUGAAGACGAAUCCGGCGGACAACCCGACUCUUCCGAUGUUCCAAAAUUGGCUCUUCGUCGCCGACCGUCACGGCGUGAACCCGCUGAACCGUCCUGGACCAGCCUUCUUCCUGAAUGGUUUCGACGGCUACUGGAUGCACAACAUCACGGUCGUCAACUACGGGACCACGCCGCCGCUCAAGGGUUGCAUGGCGUGUCCCGGAAAAGGUUAUCUGGUGCCCACAUACCGCGUGAGCGGCUUCGCGGUGGAGAACACGACUGGAGGUGCUGUGAACACGGACGGCUUUUCCCGCUAUCCGAUUUGGUACGACAUGGACGGAUCAAUUACCGGAUUUAAGAAGCAGGGUGGCUACAUCUCAGGCCAGUUCGGUUUCAAUCGGUGGGACCGAGAAUCACUCGCUGCACACACUCCCUCGUACGCCGCAGUUGACACCCGGGCUACGAGCGACUCGAGCUGGAAUUACGACCGCGCGCAAACCGGUCAGGUAUGUGUGUUCAAAGAUGAAGGCCGAAGCGCGCAGCCGAUGCACUGCAAUCGUGAGCAUGUCCACGUCCGUUACGGUACUGUCAACGAUGUUUCAGGGUAUGCCGUGGCAAACCUGGACAACAACGAGCUGCGAGUUUCGUCGCAGGUAGGCCACGACGACAUUCCAUGGAUGUCCCAAGGUUCCGGCAUCACCAAUCCAGCAGCAGGAUGGUUCUUCCCACUCGUCAUGGCCAAGUUCCGCGGACAGGCUGUUGCGCCUGUUAGCGAGAAAAUCGGGAACUAUAAUCCUCAACAGGCACAGAUGCCAGAGUACCCGAGCACGGUGGGACAUACGCCGUACCGAGACUACAAAGACCUCCCCUUCUGGUACACGAUCGAUCCGUAUCCGACCCCGAUGGACUUCCUGAAGAUGCGCUCGCAGCUGUCGCAUGGGUGGUGGGAGGACGCUCAGGAAGAAUGGGCCGGAUUCUUCUACCCGUUCUUUCGACCCAACUUCCGCAAAACCUUCCAAAUCGGACACGAGAAGUCCAACUGGGACGGCGGCAGCGCGCUCUACCGUGUACGAAACGAGGUUGCGCCGACGAAGAAGCGAAACGCAUUUCCGACACCCUUUGACGGACACGGAGCACAUGCGAUGUUCGUGCAGUUCGGUAGUUUUUCAAACUCGUCAGGUGUGAACGACAUGCAGCACCACGGACAAGGCUACUGCUACGCCAACAGCUGGAUGGCCAAAUCGGGCCAAGCUUACUACGCCGAUUGCAACGACGGCAACACCAUUGCUCAGAGGACUAAUUUAGCACAGUGCAAAGCGUUGUGCCUGCGCGAAACCAACUGCAAGUUCAUGACCUUCAACGCAGACGGUGACGGCUGCUGCGCACGCUUCGCUGAAGGCGUCUGCCAGCUGUCGCGAGACGGGUACCAUAUGGACACCUACAAGAAGAUCGUUGUUGAGUACCCAGGCAGCCGCUUCGAGACGGACGGCUCCGCCACUACAGGAUGGACAAACGAGACCGACGUUCUAGAGCUGCGCACGACGCAGAGGACCACGCACCUCGUAACCGAUGUGCUGGACUUGUUUGAGGUGCAGCAAAGCUUGAAUAAAUUCGGCAUGCUCACGCGGGACUGGCGGGACCGGGACACCAACCAGCGCAAACAAACGUACCUGUCGGAUUUUGUGUCCUACACAAGAAUGGACACAACCAGUGGUAGGUGGGAGACGGUCAAUGCUCUUGGUCGCGACGACCUCGACCAAGGCAUGGUCACAGUGCCGACAAACCUGACGUUUUCCUACACGACCACGGACUUCCAGUACCAGAACAUUCUGGCAGAUAUGGGAGCAAACGGAAGUUUGGCGGUGAUGCACUCGCACAAAACUGAGUGGAGCACUUUGAACCCGAUCGCGUUCCAGUGCCCCGUGGCUGGCUGUCCGAUCGCGCCCUCGCAAACUAGCGCAACCGCGCAGCUUUGGGAGAACCCGGAGACUUGGCCUAGUGGCAAGGUCCCAGAGCCGAACGAGGUGGUGACGAUUGACGAGUUCAAAUCGGUGAUCCUGACGACCGAAACAGCGCGCAUUCGGCGGCUCACGAUUUUGGGAAAGUUGACGCUGAUGCCUCCGAUUAUGCGCAACGCAGAAUGCACGGACGCAGGAGGUGUGCCGUUGUGUCCGGUAGAGAAACCAUGUCGCAAAGACCAAGACCCCUCCAUGCUCACCUGUCGCGGAUACGAGGUGUUUCAUAACGAAACUACGCGGGCUUCGCCAUUCUUGUCGCACUUAGCUGAUAUGUGUGCGGUUGGGUGGACCGACUGCGCCAAUCAUACGACUACGCAGAUGUUGAACGUGCACACCAUCCAGCUCCAUGGGCAAAUGUUCGUAGGAAGCAAGCCGUUUCCAUACCUCGGGAACGCGGAAAUUUCGCUGCACGGACCAGAAAGCUGUCCCACAACGAACGCGGGUUGUCUGGCGGGCAACAAUGGUCAAGGUGAGGGUUGGCCAGGCAUCACGAUGCGCAAUGGUAUCGACAUGAACAACAAGCUAAUCGGCGUUUUGGGCGAACUCCAAAUGCAUGGCGCACCACUCCGCUGCAUCUUCACAGGUUUAGCAAAAACGGCUAAUCCAACAGACAAUGCGAUUAUGGUCGACUUCUGCCACGACGCGCUGCGAACCGAGUGGCGCGUUGGGAUGCAGAUCGAGAUCACCCCGACCGAGUAUCCCGCCAACGCGAUGGAGGUGGGAAAAACGCAGGCGGAAGUAUUCACUAUCACGCAGACGCCGGAGCUGGUGGAGAACACACAGUUGUACGAAUUCGGAAAGGCAUGGCGUAUCCCUGUGCGCCCACAGGUGAUGAAACGGCAUUUUGCUGGAAAAAUUACAGCAGGAGACGCCGAUAUUUGGUUCAAAGCGCACGUCGCCUUGAUUGACCGCAGCAUCCGAUUUGUCUCGGAGGAGGGUAUGAACCAAGUGGUGCCAGACUUGAAUCACGGUGCCGGCAUCACGGUCAUCGACAACGAGGACGGAAGUAUCACAGGCGUUGCAUCCUUGUCGUCAGUGCAGUUUACCAAUACGGGUAAGCACGAGUAUCAGAUUCCGUCGUUGUACUUCUUCAGUGGCGACGGUCGCGACUUCAGCGCGAGCUCGGUCGAAUCGUGUACAUUCUUCUAUUCCGGAUUCGAAGCGGUACGAGUUGCGGGUCCAGCCAACAUCGCGAUCCGGCGCAACUUCUUUUCGCGACAGAAGGGUUCCGCUGUCCAUGUUUUCCGUGGUCGCGCGAUUGUCAUCGAAGACAAUCUCGCAAGCACCAUGUGGCGGCACAACGACGAGCGCGUACGUCAUCCAUUCGGAAAUUACUGGCCACGCGCGCUCUUCCAAACGUACGAUUCCACGUACGACGGUUCUGUUGCGAGCCUUAUGCGCAACAUCGCUGCGGGCUCGUGGGAUCACGGCUUCAUCUUCCGUCCCGCUGCCUGCUCAAGCAGAGCGCAGCGCAACGUCUACGGAGCACACCUUCCGGAUGCGCAAAGCUCUCGCAACCACGCAUAUGGUAACCUCGUUGGUUUUCACAUUCGCCGUGGAUGUCGACCGGCCGGCGGCGGCCCCAAGGCCUGCUCACGCGAGCCUAUGUACCAGUGCGUGCAGGCGGAGUAUCUCACUGCGUGGAAGAACGGCCACGUCGGUAUCGUGUGGGCUGACCAGCCUUCGAAUCUGAAGAUAAGAAAAGUGACAGUCGCGGACAACCACAUCGGCAUCACGGGUCACUUCCACCGCCAGUCGAAGGAGUCGUUGCUCGAGUUUACUCUCGAAUAUUCCGACAUUCUGGGUACGACAGAUAUUUCCACAUGCUCGGACAGCCUCGAUGGGCGGUCCGCGCGCGUGUCCGAUCUGUACAACACCACAGCACCUUCGGUGGUUGGAAACGCGUUCCGACACGUCGGCUUGAUGGCGCCACUGGUCACAAACCGAGGUUUCACCUGCGAGGACGGACCCAACGUUCCGGACGCCAUCUGCUUUGCCGCGAGAGCACUCUAUCCGGACCGCAACUGCGCGAUGCCAUGGGAAAACCGCUACGGAAUCCGCGGAAGUCGCUACGGCCGCUUCCUCGUGGACACGAUUCGCAUUGGUUACUUCCAUCACAAGGACGAGACGUAUCUUGGCGCGAACAUCGGCAAAUGCGGACGCAACAGCGUCGCGGUCACCUACAAUCCGACAGCACGCGACUACAACCCGAGCAUUGAUUUCCGUGGCGUCACAUGGGUGGGACACAACCGUGCGAGCAUGCGACGUCUGUCAGGCGACGAUAAACGUUGGAACAUCGAGGAACAAGCUCCGCAUGUCAAGUUGCUUGAUUAUUCAAAGCCACAGAAUAUCUGGCACAAGCUUGACGACUACUUUUUUCCGACCUCUCCAGCGGAUUAUAGCGAGUCCACUUUGGACGAUGCGGCAGCAGACGUUCGAGCGAGCUGUGGUGGAGACAGUGGAGCGUCGUGUCGAUUGCGCCAAUUGGAGCGAGAAGACGACAGCUUGUUCACCGCCGAGCAAAUACGGCUGUCAAGUCCGUGGCUCAGACUCCUCGACCGCAUGUCGAGACCGAAGAAGCUAUCAUUUGAGUCCACAGAUGCGUCAAGAGCAUCGUCAACGUUAGAAAGCAAGGUGAUGUCAAGCGCUCUAGUUGCUGUUGGCAAAGGUUCUGCGUUGAGCACGGCCGAUGGCGUUUCGUCACGACGCCGACGACGACUUGCGCCGGAGAACCAGCCCUCGUCCGAUGGUCGUUUCUACCUCUCCUACUUCCGUGGCAAAGGCUCCUCGGACACCAGCUGCGAUUACCCUGGUUGCCCAGGCAUGCUCCACUUCUGGUUGAGCGAUCUAGAUGGCACACUGACGGGCAAGAGCGUGGCCUCGCCCUCGCAACGCGCCACUGUGCUUCCUGACGUGUCGGCACUAACUGAUGCGUCGAAGUGUACGGAUCCGGCGCGCGGCUCAUACGUAUGCCAGAACAUGCCGAUGGCUCUGCUAAACUGGGACUCUGCGGAUCACGACUGUUGUGGUUGGGAUCGACGCGAGCUAGGGCAUUUUGCCAUCACACGCAAUAGCGACGGCCGCGUCACCGCUGGCCAGCACAUGUUUGACCACUUGGACUGUCCGCGUGGUUGCGAGUUUGGACACUCCUUCUACCCCAUGGCGAUUGAAGUGAACAACGAGUACCAGCUGGUUGUGCCAGCUUCGAUGCCGCAGGAGCAGUGGCUGCACUUUUUCUCUUUCAUCGAUACAGAGUGGGUCGUAGUGAAAAUUUACUAUAGCUCGCCCUUGAAGAUUCGGCCCUACAUCGCUGGCGAACCGAUUCACGAACUUUCGCUUGGUGGUGACAGGCUGGAAAAGCAAGUUCCAAUCUCUGCCUACGGAACCGGUCCUGGGUGCUCACGCGCGACACCUUGUUCUGGAUCGGUCGCUGCGUCCCCGGAGGCUGCUUUUCCGCACGGUGCACACGUCCAAAAUCCGCAGGAAAAGUUCUUUACGAUUGUUUUGCGUGGUCUUGGCGGAACAAUUCCCCACACCUACGGCGCAGGUGGCGGUAAACCCGGUACGAGUACGCGAACGUCCGGCAUCGUCCACAAGGGCUUCUUCUUGCAAACGGUGGCGGUGGUGCAGGUGGACAUGAAAUUGUCCAUGGACAUCAGCACGUGGGAGAGCAACGCCGCACAGAACGAGCUCUCAUUCAAGAACUCGAUUGCCACGCUGCUUGGCAUCCCCUUGGGCCGCAUUAAGGUAGUGUCGGUCACCGCGGGUUCGGUCAACAUCAACUAUGAGGUCGAGGAGGACAAGCCCGUGCUCACCGACGAUGCGAUUGAGAGCAAGGAGACACCUACUGACUCCGUGUCUGCCGAAGCGCCACUCGCCAAUGUGCCAACUAGCAUCUUGCUUGCUGACGCACUGGCCGAGGGUAAGAACGAAACGGAGGCCGCGGCGCAGGUCGCACAGCAACAAGUGGAGCAGGUGGCGCAGGUCGCCGCAGUGGAGCAGGCAGCAGCCGCCAACAACAUCACCUACGAGAGCUCUGGCACGCAGAAAACCGCAAACGAGACUGCGGCGGAGCACACGGCGGCCUACUCGUCCCUCGAGGCCUUGCGGCAAACCGUUUCUCAACCAAACGCGGCAAUUACCAACGCCUCAGUCGUCGGAGAAGCGCUGCGGGCGCAGGGUCUGCAGGUAGAGGUCCUGGCGAUAUCGGCGGAAGUUCCUGUCGUACCCGAGGUGGUGACAACGCAGACCGUGACUACCACAUCCUGCAACAUCAAUUUGCUCGAUCAUGCGACAAUCGAAGUUCCGGAAAGUUGUUUGUGCACCAGCGUUGGUCUGCAGGCUUACGGCGACCGCUGCGACCAGACGAACUUGUGCCUGGUGAACGGUACAGGUUCCCGUAGUUUCUCUCGUGUAGGUGAUGGAACCUGCGUCUGCAAGGACAAUUGGAUGGGCGCGUACUGCCACCACUGUGCACCCGGUUUCUACGGAAGCAAUUGCGACCAUGCGUGCACAGCAGGUGGGCUCACGAAUCUCGCAGGUGCCGCUUCGAAGGCGCAAGAGCAGUCAGUUGCACUUGCUUCGCAGACUGCGUGUGGAAUAGGCACAUGCUACUCGACGUUCCAGUCGAGCGAUGUGUACGGCCCACUAGUUCCGAAUCUCUUGCGCCUGCAGCGGUCACUGAGCGCGGAUAGGGACCCUGCAAUAGGUUUCUCGACGCCAGCUGUAGCAAAUGGCAGAACACUAGAGCAGCGUGAUGAUGACGAUGCAAUGGAUACGCCAGAGGCAGACGAAGAACUCGAUUUGGAACCCCGACGUCCACUGGGUGGAGAUAAGAGUCAGUUAGAACUUGGUGGAGGUGGAUAUGAAACUGCCGGUUCUUCUCGUUUCGGCGACGCAGCCUAUGGCUCGUGGAUGCGGCGGUUGCAAACGCUAGGCUCCCACAAACCGAAGACCUUGUGGCCACGAGAGGGUGCGGCUGUCCACGAUGCUAAGAACGCCCACGAGCUUGUAUCUUCAGAUGCGCUCGUGACAGACGUUCAGGAACUAGAAGCCUCAGAAAAUCCAAACGUCGUACCGGAAGUACAGUUGCAAUCUUCAGCAUUGAAGCGAAACGCAGUGAAACACGCACAAGCAUUGCGCACAAGGCGUGGAUUCUCAAGUGCGCAACAGAGAGACCUAAUGGAGAUUAUCGAGGAAGCGUUCGCGGAUCUUGACAUGCAUGUGCUUCCUUCGAUCGAUGGCGAUGCGCUUUAUCUCAAUUUUGACGUGUCAUCAAGUACAAAAGAACUGACUCCCGCAAAACGUCGCCAGCUGUCGGACUUCUUCACCUCGUGGGAGGGUAGAAAGAGGUUUCUCCCGGCACAGGGCUCUCGUUUACUGUACACCUUCAAUGCGCAGGCAUGGUUCGACAACCUUGUGCCGGUCGUGCAGUGUCGCUGCAAUCCGGGUUGGUACGGCAAAGACUCUACGUCAGAGCACUAUUGUGUGAAUCAGUGCGACUGCCAUGCUCCUGGCAGUGACGGCUGCUACGACGGCCAGGAUCCAGGUGUCAUCGGCACAGGAAUUUGCAAGUGCAAGCCAACCUUCUCUGGAACACGAUGCGAACAGUGUGUGACAGAUUGGUUUGGAACGAACUGUACAGUGAACUGCAAUGCUGCAACUACUUGCAACGGAAAUGGAGUCUGCAACACCGAUGAUGGAUCAUGUGGAUGCCAGAAUGGGUAAAUACUAAAUGCAUGCCUGCUACAGAUUAUUAAUUGAUUUCUCAUUGACUUUGCUGUCUAAAUAAGAAGAAGAAGCUGGCUCUGGCUUCAACAGCACAAUCUCUCGCACAACUAAGUUGAAGUUCGGAAGUCUUCUAAGUAGAUUCUUUAGCUAUGUUGAUAGACGAAAAUCAAAUUCGGCUGAAGAUAUCUUGCUUGUUUGAAUUUUGUUUACUUUGCAGGUAUUCCGGGACGUACUGCACUUGCCCGCCGUGUGUUAAUGGUGGGACUUGCACAGGAGGAGCGAACAGCCGUUGCUCGUGCGUAAAUGGCUACGUAGGAGACCGCUGCCAAUUGCCACCCAUCGAAGGCGGGUUCUCAUAUGUCGAGGCAUCCUCAAGUUGGACCGACUGCGAAUAUUCUAACGCAAACUGUGGCCCCGGGUACAAGUAUCGACCCCUUGUGUGCCAGUUCCAGAACAAGACGAACCACGAAAUUUCGAUCGUCAGCAGCUUAUAUUGCGUGGGAGAGGGCGUCCCGAUUCCAACACAAAGAACAAACGAGAAGUGCCCUGACCGUGCUGGAGUGCCAGCAAGUUGCAGCUGUACAAAUACCCCGACACAUCACACAGUCGCGAACAUGGCUAGUCUAGCAUCGUGCGCAAAUGGGAUCAUCCUGCCCGCGAAAAACUGUACAGUGGAAUGCCAGCCUGGGUAAGCAUCUACAUUUGUAGUGUGGUCCAUUCGAUUUUCACUCAAUAAGAAGAGGCUUUGGAAAGACGAAGAAUGAAAAUGAUCAUUGUAUUGUCACUCUAUCACAAUAACCUCAACAGAGCGUUACUCCUUACAUCCUCAGGUACGACGUCUACGGGUAUUAUCUGUGUCACGGAGGCCGAUAUGUGCCAGGCAUGGUGCCCCAGUGUGUUGUUAAAGGUGCGGAAAUGCAGACAAAGGAAGGUCUAUCAGCUUCCUUGGACUUCCAAGUGCCGACUUUCACAGCAGGUAGUGCGCUGGAAGCCCAAUGGACUGUGGCAAUUAGAACAGCGACCAAGAAGACCGUCGUGGAGCGACUUGCCAUUGCCGAGGUGACAGAGGACAGCGUAGAGGUGACGCGAAUAGCCUUCGGAGCUGCGGCUAGUCAAAGAAGACUAGAGCGAGAAGAGGACGCAGAAUUGGUAGAUUCACGACUAAGGAGGCUGCUUCGGGAUGACAAACACCAAAAGCGAUCAUUGCAAUCCUCACAAGCCGCAAUAGUGGAAUUUGUCGUCUCUGCUCCAAUUGGCACACCAGCGAGCAACAUUGGACUCACGUCAUCGCAUUUCAACACUCAAAUGACAUCAAGUACGGUUCUGUCAGCGUUCAGAAACGCCGUGGCGACAUCGGACUCAACGCUCGAUGCCAAUACUGUCACGGGUAUGUCGGUUUCUCAGCCGAUGGCCGUCUCCGAGCAAAUCCCAAGCGGUUCUUCGGGUGAAAGCUCAACGGAAGCAGGUUGUACUCCUUCUCCUUGUAGUUUUAAGUAGUUUUAUCUCAAAUUUCUAAUUUCAGGUAGUGUGCUUACCUAAGCUAGUACUAUAAUAUAUUACCCGACUAGUAAUAAUUAUUGGAGUAUUCAGGUGUCAGUCAAAAGUAAGUUUGUUGCAAGAUAGAGACCUUGAUGUUCUUGAAGGAAAGAACGCAAUGUUGACGCUCGUCCUUUUCCCAACAUCAGCCGCAAUGUUUGGACCGGAGAUAAUAGUUGGUGGAGGUGUGGUGAUAGGCGUAUUGAUAUUAAUGGCCUUCUGGUACGCAAUCCGCAAGCGCGGUGGAGCAGACAAGAUUGCCGAUUCGGAGAGGAUAGACGUAGACGAGAGAACGAAGGAGCCAAUUGACAUCGAAAUACCAGUAGAGGUUAAGGCUACUUUUAGAAGAGGAUCCACCCACCAUUCUUUCAUUUUCUAAGUCUGUUGUACGUAGGUAGCUAAGAUCGAUGACAAAACAGCGUAUGGGCAUGCCACCUUCAGUAUCAACAUAUUCUAGAUACAAGUCAAGGAGAUGGAAACUACCAGUACCAUGGUACGCAAACGAUAAAGUAGACCUUGAUUGUCCGUAAAGGGAUGGUGGAUAACAAUAAUUGAGGGGAUAUUUCUAAUUUACAACCAAUCAAAGUCGACGACCGCAACAAGCCAUACAGAACUAAAGAGCCGAUCGUCUAUCCAGACGGGUCUAGAUAUGAGGGAUGGAUGAUGAACGGAAAGAAGCACGGCAAUGGUAGGUACUUGCUGGCAGACGGUAGCAUCUACGACGGACAGUUCCGAGAGGGCAUAGUCAAUGGUACAUUAGACUAUUAGAUCUAGAAGACGGGCUGAUGUAUACCAACUAAAGUCAUCAAAUAAAUACCUAUUUCCAUUUCAUCUUCUCGUCCUGAGCCUAACACUGAUAGUUUUUUACAAGGUCUUUCUCAUCUUCUGUAGGUGUUACUCAAAUUUUUUGAUAAAUUGCUGAAAAUUACAUCUACAGGUUAUGGUAAGAUCGAGUGGAUAGAGCGCGGCUUCGAGAAAGGAGACAGCAAAAAGUACAUCGGCCAGUGGCAAGAAGGCCACAUGCACGGAAAGGGGGUCAUGUACUGGCCAAACAACUGGGUCUUUGCAGGUGACUUCCGAGACGACGAUCGCCAUGGUCGCGGUCGCUGCGAGUGGGCAGAAGGUCUACUUCAGAUCAUAGAAGCUGUAGUGAAAAGACAUGAGUAGACGGCUAGUAGGACUCGUUCUCGCUGUCACAUUUUAUGAAGUUCACCCUCCACAUUGUAAAUCCGACACAAAACCUUCAUACAUAGGUGCAUUCUACGACGGCCAGUGGGUUGACGGUAUUAUGAACGGCAUAGGAGAGCAUGGUACUGCAAGCGGUGGCUCCGGUUUGUGGUUGUGGAAAGACGGCAAUACUUCUGAGUUCAUAAAGAGAACGAAAAAUCCUUUCCGAACGUCGAAGCUGCAGAGUCUCCAUUACCAAUUCCCGAUGCUGACGAAGGACCCGCAAGUCAUCAACGAUCCGAAGUUAGAAGUGGCAAUCCCGGAACUAGGUAUUCGUGUUGGCCACCCAAGUAGAUGGCAUGCGUCAACAGCACUUGGAGCUUUGACUGUAACAAAAAUCAUCUCCGAUAAAGACGAAGGAGCGACUGCACUACGGGUACAAAAAAAAAUUUGAGAUUCAAGAAUGAGCGAUGAGUUUUUUGAUGAACAAUGAACUCGAUGCAUAUCUUCAAUGACGAUUCGUCGUGGUCACCCUUUGUUUCCUCCAUAGAUUGACUCUUCUUUGUCUGAUACUUGAUAUCUCUCGCUCUCGUGAUUUUUGACCAGGUCGUCCGCGACAAUUUGUUGCUGCAUUCUACGAUUGUCGGCAUCAAUGACCAGACGCCACAGGAUUCGAAGGAACUGUUGGAUUUGAUAAAAACGACAGUGAAGAGCGGCAAAUUCCCGCUGACACUGUCCCUUAUGCCACCGCACUUAGACGUGUACGCGCAAAACCCAGACCAAGACAAGAAGAAAAAUGGCAGGCGCAGUGGCUCUCCAGGUUCUGAUGAUCAGUUGUAUUGA